AUGAGAAAGAACCUGAUAUUUGUGUUGCCGGGGAUUGUUGCCAUCCAACUCCCAGCGGACAUCACCCCAGUUUGUACCACGGAAUUGGGUGCAUUUGCCAAAUUGAAAGAUGAGUUUGAAAAGAGAGGUGUGAAGAUGAUAGAUGCGCAAGAUUUGGAGAACAUCGAUCAGAAAGGCAUUGCCUUCACCAUCCGCUCUGUUUUUAUCAUUGAUCCAGCAAAGAAGAUUCGUCUGACAAUGAUGUAUCCUGCUAAUUGUGGGAGAAAUACGCUUGAUGUUUUGAGAGUUAUUGAUUCGUUGCAAACCGCGGAUAAGAGGGGCGUUACGACGCCCAUCAAUUGGCAAGUUGGUGACGAUGUCAUUGUACCACCAACAGUGAGUACUGAGGAUACGAAGAAAAGGCUUGGAGAGGUCAGAAAGGUCACGUCGUACCUGAGGUAUACAAAGAUCUAG